UGACAAGCUGGCGAGAGGGCGAAGGAGCUGGGGGAGAAGGAGGGAAGGGAUUCGUCGGAGUAACUUUCCAGAAAAACAGUCAACGUGUAGCAGGAGUGACUCCAAGAGGGGAAAAAAAGUUCAGUUACCACGUCGAACCAGAGGACUCGCAAAGUAUUUUUCAAAUGGGCUCGGCUUUUCCUGUGCCUGUUUAAAACAUUAAAAUCGUGCAGCAAAAGAGGCUGCGUGCGCUGGUCCCUCCCUCCCCCACCCGGGCCCGAGACGUCAUGGGAGGGAGGUAUAAAAUUUCAGCAGAGAGAAAUAGAGAAAGCAGUGUGUGUGCAUGUGUGUGUGAGAGAGGGAGAGGAGCGAGAGGGAGAGGAGAGGGAGAGAGAGAGAGGGAGAAGGAGAGGGAGAAGCAGCAGGGAGAGGAAGGGAGGGAAGCAGAAAGCCAAGGCCAAGGGAAUGAGCAAGAGAGGGGAGAGAUAGGGGAAGAAGCCUGAGAAAGAAGGAAUAACAGCUUUCCGGAGCAGGCGUGCAGGGACCUGGCUGCUAUUUUCUUUUUCUUCUCCUUUUUAUUUUUGUAAAGAGAAGCAGGGAACAGAAGCAAUGGCCGAGGGAGAAGACAAGCCGAGGUGCUGGUGACCUUGGGCGUCCAAGUGGAUUAUUGGGGCUGCUCUCCAGGGGCCUGUCCUCCCUGCCUUCCAAUUGCACAUACCCCCACUUCCCAGCCAAUGAAGACGAGAGGCAGCGUGAACAAAGUCAUUUAGAAAACCCCCGAGGAAGUGUAAACAAAAGAGAAAGCAUGAAUGGUGUGCCCGAGAGACAAGCGUGCCCUGCGCUGCCCCCACCUUUAGCGGGGCCAGCCCAGCCCAGCCCUGCCUCUCCCCACCUACUCACUGGCUAUCUGACUUUUUUUUAAACAUUUUUCCCCCUUUUCUUUUCCAUUCUCUUUUCUUAUCCUCCUUCAGGGCAAGGCGAGGAUUUUGAUUUUGGGACCCAGCCAUGGUCCUCCUGCUCCUUCUUUAAAAUACCCACUUUCUCCCCAUCGCCAAGCGGCAUUUGGCAAUAUCAGAUAUCCGCUCUAUUUAUUUUUACCUAAGGAAAAACUCCAGCUCCCUUCCCACUCCCAGCUGCCUUGCCACCCCUCCCAGCCCUCUGCUUGCCCUCCACCUGGCCUGCUGGGAGUCAGAGCCCCGCAGAACCUGUUUAGACACAUGGAGAAGAGACCCAGAGCUCCAAGGCACACAGUCGGCGUCUUCGCGCUCAGGGUUGCCAGUGCUUCCUGGAAGUCCUGAAGCUCUCGCAGUGCAGUGAGUUCAUGCACCUUCUUGCCAAGCCUCAGUCUUCGGGAUCUAGGGAGGCCGCCUGGUUUUCCUCCCUCCUUCUGCACGACUGCUGGGGUCUCCUCCUCGCCGGGCCUCGCAGCAGCGCCCCCCCCCCCCAGCCGCUCUCCCCAGCUUGCGCAUGAAGAUGCACUUGCAAAGGGCUCUGGUGGUCCUGGCCCUGCUGAACUUUGCCACGGUCAGCCUCUCUCUGUCCACUUGCACCACCUUGGACUUUGGCCACAUCAAGAAGAAGAGGGUGGAAGCCAUUAGGGGACAGAUCUUGAGCAAACUCCGGCUCACCAGUCCCCCCGAGCCAUCGGUGAUGACCCACGUCCCCUACCAGGUCCUGGCCCUUUACAACAGCACCCGGGAGCUGCUGGAGGAGAUGCAGGGGGAGAGGGAGGACAGCUGCACUCAGGAAAACACCGAGUCGGAGUAUUAUGCCAAAGAAAUCCAUAAAUUCGACAUGAUCCAGGGGCUGGCGGAGCACAAUGAGCUGGCCGUCUGCCCCAAAGGAAUCACCUCCAAGGUUUUCCGCUUCAACGUGUCCUCAGUGGAGAAAAAUGGAACCAACCUGUUCCGAGCAGAAUUCCGAGUCUUGCGGGUGCCCAACCCCAGCUCCAAGCGCAGCGAGCAGAGGAUCGAGCUCUUCCAGAUACUCCGGCCCGAUGAGCACAUUGCCAAACAGCGCUAUAUCGGCGGCAAGAAUCUGCCCACACGGGGCACCGCCGAGUGGCUGUCCUUUGAUGUCACUGACACUGUGCGUGAGUGGCUCUUGAGAAGAGAGUCCAACUUAGGUCUGGAAAUCAGCAUUCACUGUCCAUGUCACACCUUUCAGCCCAAUGGAGACAUCCUGGAAAACAUUCAUGAGGUGAUGGAAAUCAAAUUCAAAGGUGUGGACAGUGAGGAUGAUCAUGGCCGUGGGGAUCUAGGGCGCCUCAAGAAGCAGAAGGACCACCACAACCCUCACCUCAUCCUCAUGAUGAUUCCCCCGCACCGGCUGGACAACCCAGGCCAGGGCGGGCAGAGGAAGAAGCGGGCCCUGGACACCAAUUACUGCUUCCGCAAUUUGGAGGAGAACUGCUGUGUGCGCCCUCUCUACAUUGACUUCCGACAAGAUCUGGGCUGGAAAUGGGUCCAUGAACCUAAGGGCUACUACGCCAACUUCUGCUCCGGCCCUUGCCCCUACCUCCGCAGCGCGGACACAACCCACAGCACGGUGCUGGGACUGUACAACACUCUGAAUCCUGAAGCCUCUGCCUCACCUUGCUGUGUGCCCCAGGACUUGGAGCCCCUGACCAUCCUGUACUAUGUUGGGAGGACCCCCAAGGUGGAACAGCUGUCUAACAUGGUGGUCAAGUCCUGUAAGUGUAGCUGAGACCCUGCCUGCGACAGAGAGAGAGGACAGAGGACUGCCACCGCCUGACCGCCUGCUCCUCGGGAAACACAAAGGCAACAGACCUCACCUAGAGGCCUGGAGCCCCCAACCUUCGGCUCCAGGCAGAUGGCUGAGACGGAAGUUCCCUUUUGGGACAUUUCUCCUUCGUGCUGGCUCUGAGAAUCACUGUGGUACAGAAAGUGUGGGUUUGGUUAGGGGAAGGCCCAAUUCUUCAGAACACACAGAUCUUCUGUGACGUAGUUGGAGGUGGUGGGGACAGAGGAAGAGGGGUAGCAAGCCGACACGGGACGCAUCACGCGGCAAUGGACCUGCGGUACCCUAGGGAGGAGGAAGGGCAGAGAACGGCCGGGACAGCGCCAGGCCAGAAGACACUUCUGAGGUCAGAUGUGCUCAGCGCUGCCCCACGCCUGCUCUAGGGAAUCGGGAUUACAUUAUACAAGGCAAGCAUUUUCCUUCAGACAGGUUGCCUAGACAAAGUCCCAGAAUUGUAUCUCCUACUACCUGGAUUAAGGACGAAUCUGUUAUUUUGGCAAAUUGUCCUCUCAACAUCAGUCAACAGCACCAAGGGUCAUUACAGGGAGAAAAAUCCAGGGAAGGUAGUUCCCGGGCCGUCAACUCUAUGGGGCCAUCUGGAUACGCUGAACUCAGAAGCAGAGGGUGGGAAUGAACACUCUCCUGUCUGCCCUCUGGGUCCCUCCUCUCGCCUUCUUCCUCAAUCGUAUUUCCCCUCGGACAUCUGGCUAGACACCUUCCAGGUCCGGGCGCACAUAUUUGGAUUUGGGGUCUGUGCAGUCUUGGGGCAUUAGGGAUCCCCUCACCCCAGACCCUGUGUCCAUCUGGUGUUCCUGGAAGCAGGUGCUAGAACAGGGUGAGGCGUGCGGGGAGGUCGCACAUGCGCCACACGAUGACUUGGCCCCAGACACGUAGACUGAGCUAUAAAGACAAAUACAAAUAUUACUCUCAAAAUCUUUGUAUGAAUAAAUAUUUUUGGGGAAUAUUGGAUCAUUUCAUCUUCUGGAAGAUUGUCUCUAGAACAGUAAAAGCCUAUUCUAAGGUGUAAGUCUGACUGGAUAAAUAUCCUUGAUUACUCUUUUCUUAAUCCCACGUUCAUGUCUACUAACCAGAGGUCACUGGUACCUGGGGCAGAGUCUCGAACAGCGAAUGUAUUGCUUAGUGUGAGUACCCUGGACAGUGGGACGCUGUCCUGCCUUCUGCCAUUUGAGAAGACUGAACUGUUUGUGUUCCCUUCCUUCUUGUGGAGUGUUUUGUUCUCAGACACACAGAGGCAGUGGCUCAGAUUUGCAGAAAGUUGUAUGAAUUUGCCCUACAUUUAACUGUGGGCAAAAAUCAUUUGGGGUGAACCCUUGCCUGUGGAAAUGUGUUUGUUUGUACAUGCCCUCUAAGUUACGAACAUCAUCAUUUUUGAAAAUUUAAUCUCACCCUCCCAAUCAGUUGAGAAUUAGAGAAACUGUCUGUGGUAAAUGGCCGAAGAAGAUGAGGCUAAUUCUGUUAUCGGGGUAAACUUGCCAGGAACCCCUUUGUCAGUGAUUUGGGGAUGGGAGAGGGCGAGGAAGUACAAUCCCAUAGUUCUUGUCUGCGGGCACAGAUCCCAGAGCAAUGCAGAAUUCUGUGAUAUUAAUGUCCACCUGAAGCAACCAUCUGCAAUGCAUGAGGAACCAUUUGGCAGCUCCCCAAAAAACACGUUCCUCUAUUGAGAUCACCUUACGGUUGGUGAAAAAGUCUAUCUGAAGCUAAAAUUUGCAGGUUGAAGUGUGUGUGUGUGUGUGUGUGUGUGUGUGUGUG